AUGAAGCUUCUUCAGCUGGCGUCGACCGUCCUCGCCGCUACCAUGGCGGUGGCUCAGACUUUUGACAACCCCGUGAUCUAUGAGGAUCUCGCCGAUCUCGAAGUCAUUCGCGUCGGCGACACCUACUACUACACGGCCUCGACAAUGCACUACUCUCCCGGCGCACCCGUUUUGAAAAGUUACGACCUCAUCAACUGGGAGUUCAUCGGACACUCCGUACCAGAGCUUACUUUCGGCGAGAAGUACUACCUGAACAGCACCGAAAGGGCGUACGUUGGUGGCAUCUGGGCAAGCUCUCUGCAGUACCGCGAGAGUAACGGAUUGUUCUACUGGUAUGGAUGCAUCGACUUUAGCAAGACGUACAUCUUCACUGCGUCGGAUCCCGCCGGCGAGUGGCAGAGCCACCCUCCGCUGGAUGAGUGCUUCUACGAUCUUGGAGUUCUCGUCGACGACGACGAUACGAUGUACAUCGCAUAUGGAAAGUACAAUAUCAGCAUCGCUCAGAUGUCUGCUGAUGGCUUGCAACCUGUCCGACAAGAGGAAGUAUGGACCGAUGCCACGCGCUACUUGGAGGGAUCCAGAUUCUAUCACAUCAAUGGCAACUACUACAUUUGGGUGACGAAGCCCGGGGACGAGCAGCAUGUUUUGAAGGCCGACAAUCCUUGGGGGCCGUACACAAACAACACCAUUCUCGAACGCAUGGCCUCUCCAAUCCCCGACUCAGGGGUACCUCAUCAGGGCGGUAUUAUCGAUACCCCAGCAGGCGACUGGUUCUAUAUGGGCUUUAUUGACGCCUACCCAACUGGCCGCAUUCCCGUUCUGGCUCCGCUUUCAUGGGACGAAGAGGGCUGGCCUCACAUUGUGACUGACGAGGCCGGAGGAUGGGGAAAGACUUACCCCUUGCCUGUGACCACAGACAAGACUGUCAACCCAGUCGGAGAAGUUCUGGACAGCUUCGAUGGAUCUAGACUUGACCCAGAGUGGGAGUGGAACCACAACCCUGACAACACUGCUUGGGAGCUUGGAACUGACGGCCUCACACUACACACGGCGACGGUUACGUACGAUCUGUACUCGGCUCGCAACACCCUCACGCACCGCAUUCUGGGACCCAAGAGCAGUGGCACAUUCCGUCUUAACCUAGCCAACAUGGCGGACGGGGAUAUCACUGGCGUCUCGAUCUUGAGGGAUGAGUCGGCUUACGUUGGUCUCCAGAAAGAAGGCGAUUCUCUCAAGCUGUUCGCCGUUCACGACAUCCUGGCUCCCGAGAGUACAGGAUGGCAGACUACGUCAAAUGGCACCGUCGUAGCCACUGCAGAAAUCGAUCUGACGACGAUUGCCACUGGAGCUGGAGAUAUCUGGUUGAGGACUACGGCUGAUGUUACGCCCUCCUUUUGGGUGGCGGAGAAUACCAACGCUGCGCAGUUCUCGUACAGCACUGAUGGGGAGACUUUCACUCAGCUCGGAGACAGCUGGCAUUUGCACAACCGCUGGCAAUAUUUCAUGGCCUUCAGAUUCGCGGUGCAGAACUUUGCAACCAAGUCUUUGGGCGGUUCUGUCCUCGUAAAGGAAUUCAGCUUGAAGUCGGUUGAGUAA